AUGACUAGUCAAUCAGAAAGACUUCUGCAAUUAGAUGAAGAGUGGCAAGACCCACUGCUUGAUAUAAGUCUACCGUACAAGUCAACUUCAACAAAAGUAGCAGGAUACUAUACACUUGAUGAUGAUCUUAAAAACCUUAUCUCUCUUUUUUCAGUUUCAGAAAAUUCCGAAACUUAUAUAAGAAUUGGUGAAUCAUCACUGGAAUCGAAUCUACGAAUCUUAAAAACAGCUCUACUCAUACAACCAGAUAUUAUCUACCUUGGUAAAAGUACAAAUGGAAUAAAACAAACAACUAAAAUUCUCCAAGGUUCCAGUACACCUGUUUCUGAUUUGGAAUUCAGCCGAGCUGAAUCAGAUGUAGGUGAAUUAUUUACUUAUCCUAAUACAACCACCUACCACCAUGAGACACCAGCAUUAUCUACAAUAAAGGAUGGCAAUUUUCAAGAAAUAGGUACUAAUCAUGUCUCUAGUCAUGAUAAUGGGGGAUCUCUUUGUGGAUCAUAUUCUAUGAUCUGUACAUCAAAGUCAAUGUUACCAAAUUCUAGCUAUAACUAUACAGGGGCUGGUCUAGCAUUCAACAAUAUUAACUCUCAACAAAUAGACUUGAACAAUGCUGCAUUACUAAUGGAAUUUUUUAGGGAACUGGAAGCUGCAAAGCUAUUUGAUAAUUUAGGGAUGUUUUCUGGUUUGCUCACAGCCCACUCAAUUCAUCUGAAAAUUAUCCAAGAAAUUGUAGAAGAUAUGCUUAGCCUAGAAGAACUGAGAUUAAGAUUAUGUUCUCAGCUAGCAUCUUUACUAAAUCCUAUUAUUUUGUCUAGAUUGCAAUCAUAUAGUGAAUCACUGAACUGUACGGCAUUUACAAUGCCUGAAAUACUGAAAACAAGUAACUGUAAAAAUGAACGUAAUGAUAAUGAAGAUAUACCUACAUUCCCAAAUCCAAAGAUUUAUAAAUGGCCCUCCACUUCUCUCAACUAUGAGGAAUAUAGAAUGUUAAUGAAACAGCUUCCAUUUUUGUGCUUUUCAGAAGUUUACGACUUAAGUACAUGUAUAAAUGUCUUUAGUCAGAUAAAUGACUUGAAGUUAUUGGAAUAUCCCUCUAUGACUUGCAAAGAGACAUGUUCUACCAGAGUUAUACAUCUGAACUCUUUAUACAAAAGUACAGCUAUCGAUCAACCAAUGUUUGCAGUUGAUUACUUUGGAAAUGAUAGUUUUAAUUUUUCGCAUAGUUCAGUAUGUCCAGAUAUAGCACAAGACUCCAAGGAUAUUGAACGAGAUGUUUUAUAUAUUAAUGGAAGGUUAUACAAUGGGGCAACUAGUGGUUAUGGAAAGAUUUUGGAAGAUGUUUCUAACUUAAUAGACUUGUAUUGGACCAAUAUACAGUGCAGCUCAGCAAUAAAUGAAGGUACAGAUAUAUUUAAUGACAAAUUAAUGAAGAAAGAUAUAGAAAAUUGCAAUGGAAUGGAUUUACCUAAUAAACAAAAUAUUAGCUCAAAUAAUAUUGAUAUUGGAAUAGGAAUAGAUGAUACAGAUCAACCUACACUUAAAUGUGAAUCAAUUGUCAUUGCAAUAAUUCUUCUACAUAUUAUAAGCCGUACUUAUUCGGGAGGGAGCUGUUUUGACAAAGUAUCUUCUAUAUAUAACAAUACUGACUGUAUUAUGAUAUCUCCAGAUAGUAAGAGAGCAAGACCAUUAGAAAUAGUUAUUCUACCAAAUAUUGCAUUACUAUUUUCAUCACUACGAUUUAGGCUAUAUGAACAAAUGGAGCAGAAUAUGGCUAUUGGAGUAUUACCUAGUUAUUUGGUUGAUACACAUGUAGUAUCUAGACUGAUCCCAUCAAAUAGCUUAAUUAAAAACUUACCUACAUAUGCCUUCCAUAUACUUUCACGAACUCCUGUGAGUAAGAUACCUCCAUCUAUUUUAGAAUAUCUAAUCAUAUGUGGAAACAAAUUUAUUAGUAAGGCUACCUUAUAUAAAGAGUUUGCUACCUCAAGGAUAUGCAAUUAUUGUAUUCAAGAGCAAUGUAUAAACAAUCCAGUAAGUAAUGAGGAGCAGUCAAUACAAAUAAAUAGGGAUGUUAAUCGAGGAAGUAGUGAAAUUAAUAAAUCAGCUGAACAGUUACAUACUGAUAGAAUAAUUGAGGUUACAACAGAUGACAUUGCUAUAAUGACACCUGGAGAAGCUGUUUUAUUUCAAAUGCUAACAAAAUCUCAGGAUAAAGAAGAUGAUCUGGAUACCACAAAGUUCACAGAUAGAUCAAAUUUAGUAGACUCUUCUUUAGUAAAUACUCUGGACUCUAAAACAAAACGAGCAAUCAACACAAAAUAUUCAAAAUAUGGCAUAAGUAACCCUGAGGAUGGAAAUAUGGUUUUAUAUACAACUGACAAUGUCUCCGCAGAUCUACAUGACUCUGAAAAUGAAUGUAGUGAGGAGCACAAAUUCAACUUGCUUGAUGCUCCCAAAAAAGAAUUACGUAGUGGGAACUGUACUUUAGAUUGCACUGCAAAUAAUUACAAUAUUAUUAGUCCAGAGUUUCUAGCUGAAGAAGAUAUCUCUAACUCUCAAAUAGCAAGGUUAUACUUUGGUAAAAGUAUUGAACCAUUAGAGCCUUUUUCACUACAACUAAAUGUGUAUGUAGUUUCAUCAGAAAACUCCUCUCAGCUUGCAAAUGACCUAAGAAAUCUACCUAAGGAUUCUAUUGGGGCAAUUGACCAAGAAAUUCAGCAACAAGCCCUAAUUUUGCAGUCUCAUAGAGCAGUUUCUCAAUUCGGAAUAUUUAGUAGUAUUGUUAAUACAUAG